UUUGUUUAGCACUACCAUAACUGAAUUGUCAUAAAUACGUAGCGUUUGUAUUCUCUUUGGCUGGUCGUAAUCCAAGUCAUCACCAAUGUGGAAUGAAGAUUUUCUUACUAAUAAAGCAUACGCGUUACAAACCUCUCAUUAACAAUGUUAUCACAAGAUCCGCUGUUGAUUUAGCCCAUAAAGUCCAUGGAGGGAGUGUUACAGGUAAUGUGCCUGUGAUAGUUCUUCAUGGCUUGUUGGGAUCUAAGAAAAACUGGGAGAGCAUGUGUAAAAAGAUCCUUGCUACAACUAAAAAGACGGUAGUGGCUGUAGACGCGCGAAAUCACGGCGAAAGCCCCCACAACAGUUCACACACCUACCAUGAUCUGGCGUCAGAUGUGUCGCAACUUAUGAACAAACUGUCGAUAGCCAAAGCCAUUGUUGUUGGUCACAGCAUGGGAGGCAGGACAGCGAUGGUGCUGGCCUUGACUGAGCCUUCAAAAGUAGCGGGUAUAGUCGUCGUAGACAUAUCACCGGUGUCGACAGCUGGAAUUUUAAACGAUUUCUUCCCACGACUCAUAGACAUCAUGAAAACUAUUGACUUCAGCGGGAUUACCAACGUUGGUAACGCUAGAAUUGCGGCACAGAAAAAGAUAAUUGCAUCAGGUUUAGUUGACAGCGAUGCAGGACUUGGUUUUAUCCUUAUGAAUAUUGGUACAAAGCCAAACAAAACCAUAAAUUGGAUGUGCAAUCUAGACGUUUUGAAGCAAUACUUUCCAAACAUUGCUUCAUUCCCCACUGAACUUGCUGGGAAGAAAUAUCCCGGUCCUACUUUGUUUAUAGGCGGCGAAGAAUCAAACUAUAUUCCACGUGGAGAUUUGCCUGGAAUUAAAGGUUAUUUUCCGUCGGUUGAACUGAAAUAUGUUCCCAAUGUUGGACAUAACGUGCAUUCUGAAGACCCCGUUAUUUUUCAUACUUUGGUAACUGAGUUUAUGACGAAAAAUAAACUACGUGAAAACAUAACCUUCAAAAUUAUACAAUAUUUUAGAUCUAGCAAAACAAAAAUGUUACUCAAUAGACUAGGUUACAAAAAUUAUUUAAUCAACAUCAGCGCCAGGAUACUAGCACCAAAUAUACAUAGGCACUAUGGAUCUACAUCGGAUAAUGCCGAAACUGUUGACUUAGCCUAUGCCUCUUACGAAAGCACGGCCGACGAGAGCUCGUCGCAAUCUCCACUGGUGAUAUUACAUGGUUUGUUAGGCUCCAAAAAUAACUGGAACAGUAUGAGUAAAGCUAUCCACAGGACAACUGGAAGGAAGGUGAUAAGCAUAGAUGCUCGUAACCAUGGCGACAGUAGACAUUCUUCGCAACAUACUUACGUGCAUAUGGCUCACGACGUCAUGAAGCUACUAAAAAAACUGGAGCUGUCAAAAGUGUCACUGAUGGGGCACAGCAUGGGCGGACGUACAGCCAUGGUAUUGUCACUGCUCUGUUCUGACUUAGUAUCAAGCCUUAUAGUGGUGGAUAUAUCACCUGUGAGAACAAGUCCACAGAUUUUCUCAAUGGCAAGUCUGUUUGAUGCUAUGUCGUCUGUGUCUAUUAGACCAGGCAUUGCUAUGUCCAAAGCGAGAAAGCUAGCUGACGAACAACUCAAAGGUUUUACACCAGAUGUAAACUUAAGAAAUUUCUUAAUAACAAACUUAGUUCAGACAAACGCUGGGACUUACACUUGGAGAGUAAAUAUACCAGCAUUGAAAGAUAAUUUCCAAUCUCAUAUUUCUUGCUUUCCCUCCAAUUUGAGAGGUCUGCAGUAUUGUGGGCCAACAUUAUUUAUUGGAGGAUCUCUUUCUGAUUAUAUUGGAAAGAAUGACUUGCGAGAAAUCCGAGAAUACUUCCCAUUGGCAGAACUGGUGUUUGUUGAAGGUGCUGGUCAUUGGGUACACAGCCAGAAACCAGAAAAAUUCCUUGAGAUAGUUUGUAAAUUCUUGAAAGAAAAAUAAAUUACAAAUGUUAAGUAUAAAUAUAUAAAAAAUAGUGUCCAAAUUGGCAACUAGUGUAAACCUAGAAGACUAUACUUAACAUGCAUACCUGUAUACAAAAUACCUGAUGGUAGAAAAAUGAAUACUAUAUUCAAAAAAUACAGUGUUACUAUGGAAUGUAUACAUUGACUGUGAACUCUGUAAACUCAUUUGACUCCUAUAGCUUUGAGUAUAGAAUAGUUUACUAUUGAUUCUAGAUAUUUAUUAUUGUGACUGGUAAUUUUUGUUAUUUACUAGUGUUGUUAUUGAUAAUACACCAAAAUACUGUUCCAAUAUUUCCCACUAAUGUUAAUAUCUCGAAUGCUGGUCUUAUCAGCCUGGAUGUGGUUAGACAAUAUUAAAAAAUGUGUGAUAUUUCUGAAUGUCAAACUAGUCAGAUGAUAAUAAAGGUAAAAUAAAGUAAACAUAUU